UUAAAAAAUUUGACUUAUGAACAUUUGAAUGCAAUGUAUAUUUGUCGUGGCUGGAAUAGUCAUGAUGAUAUUCGAAAACAUCAAAAGUACAUACCUACUUAUAUUCAACUUAAUGUGAAUUUACGUCCCAGACAGAUCCGAAUCGUACUCACAAGAGAAUCUAUGUAUCCAACAUCUAAAAUGUAUGAUAAUGAUUCAUUGAUAUUGAUAGCAGAUCAUCUGGUCGAAUUCGAAUGUAUAGCAACGGGUUUUCAUCCAUCGAUUGAAAUCCAUUGGUUAUUACGAUCAAAAAAUUCUCAAUUAAUCGAUAUUGAUUUACAUACAAAUACUCCAAUUAUACAAUUCAUACCACGUAUCGAAUAUGAUGGGAAUCUGUUGAUUUGCUCUGCAAUGAAUUUGAAAAUGGUAAAUAAUUCCGAAUCAAUAGUUAUACAACCAAUUCGAGUUUAUUAUAAACCCCGUCUGACAAUAAUGCCAAUUGGUGACGAUCUUCUAGAAGAAGGUUCAGAUUUGAGAUUACAAUGUCGGAUUGAAGCAAAUCCUGACGUAUUCUACGAGGGCAUUAUUUGGAUACAAGAUGGACAAGUUGUAUGGAAAACACUAUCUAAUGAUAAUGAUUAUAACCAUAAUAAUGGUAUUGUUGAAGCAACAAAAAUUUUCAGAAAACUUACACGAGCACAAAAUGGAUCUAUUUAUCAAUGUAUGGCUGCCAAUGAAAUUGGCCAAAAUAUUUCUGAACCAUUUAUGUUGUCAAUUGUUGAAAAUCGACGCAACCAGAGUUUUAUAAAAUUUGUCGAUAACAAUUAUAAAAAUGAGCUUUUUCAUGGCACAUCAUCAUCAUGGCCUAUUUUGCAUAAAAAUAACUCAAAUUCGCAUUGGAUUCGAUUAGAUAAUCAUAUAUUGGCUGUGUCAUUGGCCAUAUCGAUAUUAACUUUGAUUAUCAUCAUCAUCAUUAUUUUCGUCAUUUUUCCAUUUCGUUAUUGUUGUCAUUCAAAACAAAUUGACACUACCAAUGAAAACAAUGCUUGCACAGUGGUAUACGAAUCUUCAAUUUGAAUUUAUAUAUGUACAAACGCAAAAUAUAUGCCCUUGUUGUUUCUUAAGAAAUUUAUUUAUUGUCUAUACUUUAACAAAUUUUUUUUUACGAAAAUACAAAUGUACUUUACCACAA